AUGAAGAUCAUCAUCAUCGGCGCUGGCCUUGGCGGGCUAAGUGCAGCCAUUUGCUUUGCGCGCAAAGGCCAUGAGGUCGAGGUCCUAGAGCAACACGGCCGAGUCUCGCGGGCCGGCAGCGGGCUCAACAUUCGCUCCAGCGCAUCGCGCAUCAUGCACACCUGGGGCCUGCAGGAGGACCUCGAGAGCAUCAGCGACGACACGCCGGCCAAUUGCUUCCGAAGCCUGCAGACCGGCGCCGUGGCCACCAAGACGGUCGCCGCUGACAUUGCCGAUCACCCAGACUGGGGCACGCACCGCGAGAACUUGAUCGAGCUGCUGGAGCGGCGGGCACGGGACGCCGGUGCCCGCCUCGUCUUUGACGCAAGUGUGACCGAGGUCCGUGAUGAAGACGGGUCAAGAGUCGUCGUGGUCCAGCGCAACGGUACCGAGGCCACGGCAGAUCUUGUGCUGGCUGCUGAUGGCAUCCGGUCUCGUACCAGGAGCCAGGUCCUGGCCGAUCUCUCCGUCCCGAUGGAUCCGCUUCUGAGCGACGUCACUCUGUACGGCAUGGUCCUUGAUGAUGAUCAGAUGCGUGGCAUUCCAGAGCUGGAACCGCUCAUGGAAAAUGCCUUCAUCAAUGUCUACAUGGGCCACCAGGCUUUCGUCGUGUGCAGACAUAACAGCAAGCUUGGCCGCCAGAGCUGUCUCUUUGGUAUCAAGGGGGAGACUGAUCAAAAGGGGCUCUGGGAUGAAAAGGGUGAUAUUGAGUAUGUGCGAAAGUUCUUUGCCGGGUCGUGUCCCGAGUUGUGCAAGGUCCUCGAGAUUACCCAUAGUUGCGAUAGAUGGAGGUUGGCCGAGAUGCCCAACCUCCCUCGCUGGACGAGCCGAAAUGGUAGAGUUGUCUUAUUGGGUGACUCAGCGCAUGCGAUGAUGCCGAAUGCUGCUCAUGGAUUCUCUCAGAUUGUCGAAGACAUAGGGGUGCUGGAAUACCUCAUUUCACAGGAUGAGAACGCGACAGCCAACUUGGCCAACAUCACCUCGGACUGGGAAAGCAUCAGGCGGCCGCGGGUCGAAAGGAUCAAGCAGUGGGCAAAAGCCAACAGCGAGGCCUUUAUAAGCCAGCCACCUACGGGCACAAAACACGCCGACAAGUGGCAGAUCAUAUCACUAAAGAAUACGCAGCCAGACAUGAAUGCCGAUAUGAACAGUUCUGCCUUUUUGAAGUGGGCCCAGGACUAUGAUGCUAUAAACGAGGCUCGCAAAUACAUGGUCAACAAAGGACCGAAGCUUUAG